UAUAUAAAAUUUGCUAAAAACUGUAAAUGAACCCUUUAAAUAUUUAAUUACCACAUAGAAAUAACAUCAUAUACACAUAACUCUGGAAUUUCUUAUCUACAUAUUUCCUCCAGUGUUGGUGGCUGUAGUGAAAUAGGAAGAGGUUGGUGAGGAAGCCCCUCCCACUGUCACAGUAAACUCUAUUAACCACAGGUGAUAUUAACAACUCUCUUGGGCGAGUCUCUUUUUGUAGUUUUGCAGGAUGGCUGAAACAUAUGUGUUACUUGUGGAACUGUUGGGCUUUGAGAAAAGGUUCUUUCCCUCCCAGCAUUAUGUGUACAUGCUCUUGGUUAAAUGGAGUGAUCAAUCUGAAAAGCUGAUUUACAGACGGUAUCCAGAAAUCCACACUUUUCAUAAGGCGUUGAAGGAAAUGUUCCCUAUUGAGGCAGGAGACAUUGAUGAAAAGGACAGAAUCAUUCCUUCAUUACUUGCUCCAAAAUGGCUGGAUAAUCAGAAAACAACAGAGACAAGGCAGGGGACUCUUGCUGAGUACUGUCGCGCUCUGCUCAACCUGCCUCCAAACAUCUCAGGCUGUCAUCUUGUUCUUGACUUCUUCAAAAUGCGUCUCGAAGAUGAAUCUCCACCAGCCCCACACCCAUACAAAAGAAAUGAGACUUUUAUGUCCACCAAUAGAUCACGGUUCAACACCUCAUCAGAAAUCACAGGACCUAUCAUGCUUGAGAGCUACAGAGUGAUCACAGACUACAGCAAGAGCUCAAAGUAUGAAAUCACUCUGAGUGCAGGAGAUAUGGUGGACAUAGUGGAGAAAAGCCUAAAUGGCUGGUGGUUUUGUCAGUGUGAGUAUAAAAGAGGCUGGUUUCCAGCUUCAUACUUAGAACCGCUGGAUGGAGCAGAUGAAUUAGAGGAACCAGAGCCUAAUUAUGUGGGUGAGCUCUACAAAACCACAAACGCAUAUACAGCUGUAGAAGAAGAUGAGUUGACUCUUGAGGCAGGAGAGACUAUUGAGGUCAUCCAUAAACUUUUGGAUGGCUGGUGGGUGGUCAGGAAUGGAGAAGAUACAGGCUACUACCCUUCCAUGUUCCUAAGCAGGGCAGGAGAGCAGAAAGAGGUGGAUGCUGAGAAGGACGUGGUCAGAAGAUCAACCCCACCACCAAGAAGAUCUACCAUACCCAACGCCCAGAGCAUCCAUACUAAGGGACGUCAGCAAAUCAGUCUGGACAUCUAUCGUAAGCAGAGUCGACGGUUCUUACAGCAGCGAAGAAGUCUAAACUCUCCACUGCAAGAGAGGAAGACAAACACAGAGAACGUUGCAAAAACAGACUCGUUCAAAGCAGAAGAUCUGGACCAAAAUACUCCAGUCAUUCCUCCCCGGCCAAGUCCUCAGCUCAUUCUGGAGCGCUGCACUGAGAACACGUGCAAGAGAGUCAGCAUACAUGAAGGCAACUGAACUUCAUUCAAAAGCAUGUGCUAACACUUGACAUGAAUAUGUUGUGUAUGUAACUGACAUUCAGAAACUUGAACAUACAAAUGCUCGGUGCAUCCCUGCUUUGCCCAGAACCUAUUAUAAGCUAUGUGUUGGAAAAUAAAACAUGUAUA